AAUAAAAAGAUGGCAGUGGUGGCACUUUUUGUGGCAGUGUUGUACACAACAAAUGAUUCCAGUUCAAUACCAUUGUGAAGCAUUUUGUAUGGCCAUAGCAGAUAGCACUCAUGCUGAGUCAAAGGAAACAAUCACUACUAUUUCAAUAUUCAUGCACAUUCGUCAUUGCUAUUUCAGAAACACUUUCAUACAUCUAUGUUAUUUAAAGUAAUAACUAAUAAUUAAAAAAGUACAUAAAAAGAUUUAGAUUAUCUAUUUAAUUUUUGUAUUUAUCUAGAGUUCAUCUACAUCUUGCAUAACCCCGUAUUUUCUUUUUUACUUAUUACGGCUUGAUCAUACCUGAUGUUGAUGUACCGGUGAAAAAAAAAAAUUUUUUUUUAAAAUAUAAAAAUAGACAAAAAUUUAAUUUUACCCCGUACUCUGAAAAAAAAAACUUUGCUUUCAAAAGGAAAAAAAGGGUUAUUUCUAAAUAUUAAUUAAUAAUAAUGACUACAUACGGACGCGAUCAGGUUAACGGUACUGCCGAAGGGAAGGUAAAUAACCCAUAUAUGCCACGAUAUGAAGAAUUACUGAGCCGGGUUAAUAACUUCUCUAUCAUCGAAUCAACUCUAAGAGAGGGAGAACAAUUUGCCAAUGCUUUUUUUGAUACAGCUAAAAAGAUUGAAAUAGCCAAAGCAUUGGAUGAUUUUGGAGUCGAAUAUAUUGAAUUGACAUCACCAGCUGCUUCAGAACAAUCAAGACAAGAUUGCACGGCUAUUUGUCAAUUAGGAUUGAAAGCUAAAAUUUUAACUCAUAUCAGAUGUCAUAUAGAUGAUGCUCGAAUUGCAGUAGAAACCGGUGUUGAUGGUGUCGAUAUUGUAAUUGGUACCUCAUCAUAUCUUCGUGAGUUUUCUCAUGGAAAAGAUAUGAAUUAUAUUACCGAAAAAGCUACAGAAGUUAUAAAUUUCGUUAAAUCUAAGGGAAUCGAGGUUCGAUUUUCCUCAGAAGAUUCAUUUCGUAGUGAUCUGGUUGACUUAUUAAGUAUUUAUCGCACUGUGGAUAAAUUGGGAGUUAAUCGUGUCGGUAUUGCUGACACAGUUGGCUGCGCAAAUCCACGACAAGUUUAUGAAUUGGUUAGAACACUUCGUGGAGUUGUAUCUUGUGAUAUUGAAUGUCAUUUUCACAAUGAUACUGGUUGUGCAAUCGCUAAUGCUUAUGCAGCUCUCGAGGCUGGUGCAACUCAUAUCGAUACCUCAGUACUUGGUAUUGGUGAGCGUAACGGUAUAACUCCUCUUGGUGGAUUUUGUGCUCGUAUGUACACCGCAGACAAGAAUUAUAUCAAGAAUAAAUAUAAGCUUCAUAUGCUACGUGACCUCGAAAAUUUGGUAGCUGAUGCAGUUAGCGUUCAAGUUCCAUUUAAUAAUUAUAUUACCGGUUAUUGUGCAUUUACUCAUAAGGCUGGUAUUCACGCCAAAGCAAUUUUAAAUAAUCCAAGUACUUAUGAAAUCUUGAAACCAGAAGAUUUUGGUAUGACAAGGUAUGUGUCUAUCGGACAUCGAUUGACGGGCUGGAAUGCUGUCAAAAAUCGUGUUGAACAACUGGGUCUCAGUCUAACUGAUGACCAAGUUAAAAAGGUUACUGCUAAGAUUAAGGAAUUAGCAGAUAUUCGUCCACAAAGUAUGGAGGACGUUGAUAAUCUGUUACGAGAUUAUCAUUAUGCCGUUACUUCGGGAGAUCAAUCUCAAGUUGCAAAUGUUUUAUCUACCGCAAUUGCAAACUAAUUAUAACCCCUCCCUAAUUUUUCUAAUUACAUAGACAAAAGUAUAUUUUACUAAUUUUACUCAUUUCGGAUAACUUACCCUUUCUUACCGAAGAACAUUUAUAUCAAAGUCUAUUCAAAAUAUUCAAAAUACAUUUAAUAAUAUUAUAAAUGUAUAUACACAUUUGUAUAUAAUAUAAUAUUAUUUUUGUUGUCUC